CUAAGGUGUCAAGGCUGUUGGGGUGUUUGAGACGGUGUCAGGGUGUUCCUGCCAACGUCGAAGUGCCAGCGUCAGGGUAUCUGAGGCAGUGACUGUCCUGCAGUGGUGGCGAUGGCGUCAGACGAGCGGCUGGCUCGCUUCCGCCAGGCCCACCUCAACCCCUUCAACAAGACCCCCGAGGAGCAGGAGCAGCACCCCGAGGGGGAGAACCCUAUCCCAGCCCCACGGCACGACCCAUCUCCAGGAGACCCCGAGGGUGCCCUGGAUCUGGGUCUGGCUGAAGACCACUUCUCCCGGCCUGUGGGUCUGAUCCUGGCUCAAGAUGUGGGGCAGCUGUGCCAGGCCAUUGAGGAGUGCAAGCGGGUGAUCCUGGCGCUGCCCGAGCACUCGGAGCGGCAGAAGGAUGCGGUCGUGCGGCUCAUCCACCUCCGCCUCAAGCUGCAGGAGCUCAAGGACCCUGAUGAAGAUGAGCCCAACAUCCGGGUGGUGCUGGAGCAUCGCUUCUACAAGGAGAAGAGCAAGAGCGUGAAGCAGAUGUGCGACAAGUGCAGCACCAUCAUCUGGGGCCUCAUCCAGACCUGGUACACCUGCACAGGGUGCUACUACCGGUGCCACAGCAAGUGCCUGCCGCUGGUGAGCCGGGCCUGCGUGCGGGCCAAGGUCAGCCACCAGGCUGAGUACCAGCUCAGCAUCUGCCCUGAGAGCGGGCUGGACAGCCAGGACUACCGCUGCGCCGAGUGCCGGGCCCCUGUCUCCCUGCGGGGGGUGCCCAGCGAGGCCAGGCAGUGUGACUACACUGGUCUGUACUACUGCAGCAGCUGCCACUGGAAUGACCUGGCAGUGGUGCCUGCUCGUGCCAUCCACAACUGGGACUUUGAGCCCCGCAAGGUGUCGCGGUGCAGCAUGCGGUACCUGGCGCUGAUGGUGUCUCGGCCUGUGCUGAAGCUGCGGGAGAUCAACCCUCUGCUCUUCAACUAUGUGGAGGAGCUGGUGGAGAUCCGGAAGCUACGCCAGGACAUCCUCCUAAUGAAGCCCUACUUCAUCACCUGCAAGGAGGCAAUGGAGGCACGGCUGCUGCUGCAGCUGCAGGACCGCCAGCACUUUGUGGAGAACGAUGAGAUGUACUCGCUGCAGGACCUGAUGGACAUCGAGGCUGGGCGCCUGAGCUGCUCCCUCACCGAGAUCCACACCCUCUUCGCCAAGCACAUCAAACUGGACUGUGAGCCACACCUCGGUCUGCACUGGCUGCUCCGCCGUCUUCCACAGGGACUGCUUCUACGACAACUCUACCACCUGCCCCAAGUGUGCCCGGCUCAGCCUGCGCAAGCAAUCCCUCUUCCAGGACUCCAGCAUCACCGAGGCAGAGCCAUAAUGGGGGAACUCAGCUGCACAGCUGCCCCACAGCCCACCACGGGACAGACAUGGGUCAUUCAGCACCCUCUACCCUUGGGGAUGGUGGCUGCAGCUCAGCCCAGGGGGAGCUGCUGGACCCCAGCCCAGACACACACUACCAGGAUAACGCUGCUGAUCUGGGGGGAACACACCCAGUUUCCCCCGCCUCACCCCACAGACACCCCUGUUCCCAGGGCCGAGCCCCCCAGGGAAUGGGGUGUGGGGGGGUUGGGGCUGUGUGGAGCCAGUGAUGCUCCACUCUGGGUGUCAUUGUAGCAUUAACGAGGACUCUGUGCAACCCA